UCUCGUGCACGCGCCCGGAGCCCGCAACUCUCGCGAGAGAAGCGAGAUUUAUUCCUACGUACCGGGCCGUGCUGCUUAUGGCGGCGCUGGAGAGGGGGCGCUGAGCUGUUGGGUAUGAAGUGUAACAGAACAGACUUUACCACCUGAAACUGCUGCUUCAAGUUCAGAUCAGGCAAGGAACAAACCUCGUAACAACUAACAAGACCAAAGAAGAGUACACUUAAGUUGAAGACACAACACUUGAUCUGAAACAAGAAGUUUGUGCCUACUCAACAGCUUUGAAAGAGCACUUCCCAACGCUGCUAGUAGUCUUUGUUUUCUUCAGUGCUGUACUGUGAGAUUGCCCGGUACAGCAGCAGUUGUAUUCUUUAUUAGCUUGGUAGAUCAUUUUCUCUCGCUCUUUUUUUUAAUACUAGCAACUUUCAUCCUUUGAAACGUGUGCUGAAAAAGAAGAAUCAGCAAAUACUACUGAAAGUGCAAUAUUUGAUUAUCACUGCGAGAUUUCCCCAGGAGAGCUUUUCUGCAAUGCAGUUAUUAAGAAAAAUAUCUCCACAUUUUGAUACAUGUUGCUAAAUUGCAUUUCUAAAAGCUGUUUGAGAUGGAGAACGUUUUUACUGUGUCAUCAGAUCCUCAUCCCUCUCCUGCAGCCCCUCCUUCACUUUCUUUAUCCUUAUCUUCAUCUUCUACCUCAUCUGGGACUAAAAAACAAAAGAGGACCCCAACUUAUCAGAGAUCUAUGAGCUUUGAUCCAAACCUUCUCCACAACAAUGGACAUAAUGGGUACCCUAAUGGUACUUCAGCAGCACUGCGUGAAACUGGGGUUAUUGAAAAACUGUUAACCUCUUACGGAUUUAUUCAGUGUUCAGAACGUCAAGCUAGACUUUUCUUCCACUGUUCACAGUAUAAUGGCAACCUGCAAGACUUAAAAGUAGGAGAUGAUGUUGAAUUUGAAGUAUCAUCGGACCGACGGACUGGGAAACCCAUUGCUGUUAAACUGGUGAAGAUAAAACAAGAAAUCCUCCCUGAAGAACGAAUGAAUGGACAAGUUGUGUGCGCUGUUCCUCACAACUUAGAGAGUAAAUCUCCAGCUGCCCCGGGUCAGAGUCCAACAGGGAGUGUAUGCUACGAACGUAAUGGGGAAGUGUUUUAUCUGACUUACACCCCUGAAGAUGUCGAAGGGAACGUUCAGCUGGAAACUGGAGAUAAAAUAAACUUUGUAAUUGAUAACAAUAAACAUACUGGUGCUGUAAGUGCUCGCAACAUUAUGCUGUUGAAAAAGAAACAAGCCCGCUGUCAGGGAGUAGUUUGUGCCAUGAAGGAGGCAUUUGGCUUUAUUGAAAGAGGUGAUGUUGUAAAAGAGAUAUUCUUUCACUAUAGUGAAUUUAAGGGUGACUUAGAAACCUUACAGCCUGGCGAUGAUGUGGAAUUCACAAUCAAGGACAGAAAUGGUAAAGAAGUUGCAACAGAUGUCAGACUAUUGCCUCAAGGAACAGUCAUUUUUGAAGAUAUCAGCAUUGAACAUUUUGAAGGAACUGUAACCAAAGUUAUCCCAAAAGUACCCAGUAAAAACCAGAAUGACCCAUUGCCAGGACGCAUCAAAGUUGACUUUGUGAUCCCUAAAGAACUUCCCUUUGGAGACAAAGAUACGAAAUCCAAGGUGACCCUGCUGGAAGGUGACCAUGUUAGGUUUAAUAUUUCAACAGACCGACGUGACAAAUUAGAACGAGCAACCAAUAUAGAAGUUCUGUCAAAUACAUUUCAGUUCACUAAUGAAGCCCGAGAAAUGGGUGUGAUUGCUGCCAUGAGAGAUGGUUUUGGUUUCAUCAAGUGUGUGGAUCGUGAUGUUCGUAUGUUCUUCCACUUCAGUGAAAUUCUGGAUGGGAACCAGCUCCAUAUUGCAGAUGAAGUAGAGUUUACUGUGGUUCCUGAUAUGCUCUCUGCUCAAAGAAAUCAUGCUAUUAGGAUUAAAAAACUUCCCAAGGGCACGGUUUCAUUUCAUUCCCAUUCAGAUCACCGUUUUCUGGGCACGGUAGAAAAAGAAGCCACUUUUUCCAAUCCUAAAACCACUAGCCCAAAUAAAGGCAAAGAGAAGGAGGCUGAGGAUGGCAUUAUUGCUUAUGAUGACUGUGGGGUGAAACUGACUAUUGCUUUUCAAGCCAAGGAUGUGGAAGGAUCUACUUCUCCUCAAAUAGGAGAUAAGGUUGAAUUUAGUAUUAGUGACAAACAGAGGCCUGGACAGCAGGUUGCAACUUGUGUGCGACUUUUAGGUCGUAAUUCUAACUCCAAGAGGCUCUUGGGUUAUGUGGCAACUCUGAAGGAUAAUUUUGGAUUUAUUGAAACAGCCAAUCAUGAUAAGGAAAUCUUUUUCCAUUACAGUGAGUUCUCUGGUGAUGUUGAUAGCCUGGAACUGGGGGACAUGGUCGAGUAUAGCUUGUCCAAAGGCAAAGGCAACAAAGUCAGUGCAGAAAAAGUGAACAAAACACACUCAGUGAAUGGCAUUACUGAGGAAGCUGAUCCCACCAUUUACUCUGGCAAAGUAAUUCGCCCUCUGAGGAGUGUUGAUCCAACACAGACUGAGUACCAAGGAAUGAUUGAGAUUGUGGAGGAGGGCGAUAUGAAAGGUGAGGUCUAUCCAUUUGGUAUUGUUGGGAUGGCCAACAAAGGGGAUUGCCUGCAGAAAGGGGAGAGCGUCAAGUUCCAAUUGUGUGUCCUGGGCCAAAAUGCACAAACUAUGGCUUACAACAUCACACCCCUGCGCAGGGCCACAGUGGAAUGUGUGAAAGAUCAGUUUGGCUUCAUUAACUAUGAAGUAGGAGAUAGCAAGAAGCUCUUUUUCCAUGUGAAAGAAGUUCAGGAUGGCAUUGAGCUACAGGCAGGAGAUGAGGUGGAGUUCUCAGUGAUUCUUAAUCAGCGCACUGGCAAGUGCAGCGCCUGUAAUGUUUGGCGAGUCUGUGAGGGCCCCAAGGCUGUUGCAGCUCCUCGACCUGAUCGGUUGGUCAAUCGCUUGAAGAAUAUCACUCUGGAUGAUGCCAGUGCUCCUCGCCUAAUGGUUCUUCGUCAGCCAAGGGGACCAGAUAACUCAAUGGGGUUUGGUGCAGAAAGAAAGAUCCGUCAAGCUGGUGUCAUUGACUAACCACAUCCACAAAGCACACCAUUAAUCCACUAUGAUCAAGUUGGGGGGAAUCUGGUGAAGGGUUCUGAGUAUCUCCCUCUUCAUCCCUCCCGAAAUCUGGAAUACUUAUUCUAUUGAGCUAUUACACCAGUUUUAACACCUUCCUCGUGUUAUGUUUAAAAAAAUAAAUAAAUUUAAGAAAACCAUUUUAAAUAAUGCACAGUUGCAGCCUGGAAAAACUUAAGGUGGCGCCUUAUAGUAUCAAUUUUAGGAGCUUUAUUUGGUGCAUUUAACGCAACUGGUAAUUGCAGAAUCCACUUUGCCUGUGUAAGUGAAAAAUAUAGACUGUUAUCUUGUUGGCCCUAUGAAAUUCUGCACUUUUCAUUAUAUACUCUACCUUCAUUAAUUACUUCUGGCAAGAUGUUCUGCCUUAGCACUCAGUUGCAUUCUUUUCCUUUUUCUUCCUGUUCAUUAUGCUUUAAUUCUGAGGACCAUAUGAGGGUAGAAUAUAUUAUCUUUUAAAAAUUACAAAAAUUUGUAUAGGCAAACCAUUUCUUAAAGUUGAUGGCCAAAUUUUAAAAUGUUAUUUUUCAUAUCAUUUAUAAUCUUGUCACAAUCCACUUAAAGAAGUUUGGUUAUAUUUCAGUGAAAAUUAUCUUCCAGAGUAGGUUUUUUUUCGUGGGUUGGGGGGUAACUUUACUACAAUUAGUAGGUAUGGUGCAGAAUUUCAUGCAAAUGAGGAGUGCCAGCAGUGUGAUAAUUUAAACAUAUUUAAACAAAAACAAAAAAAAUGAAUGCACAAACUUGCUGCUGCUUAGAUCACUGCAGCUUCUAGGACCCGGUUUCUUUUACUGAUUUAAAAACAAAACAAAACAAAAAAAAAAUAAAAAGGUUGUGCCUGAAAUGAAUCUUGUUUUUUUUAUAAGUAGCCGCCUGGUUACUGUGUCCUGUAAAAUACAGACACUUGACCCUUGGUGUAGCUUCUGUUCAACUUUAUAUCACGGGAAUGGAUGGGUCUGAUUUCUUGGCCCUCUUCUUGAAUUGGCCAUAUACAGGGUCCCUGGCCAGUGGACUGAAGGCUUUGUCUAAGAUGACAAGGGUCAGCUCAGGGGAUGUGGGGGAGGGCGGUUUUAUCUUCCCCCUUGUCGUUUGAGGUUUUGAUCUCUGGGUAAAGAGGCCGUUUAUCUUUGUAAACACAAAACAUUUUUGCUUUCUCCAGUUUUCUGUUAAUGGCGAAAGAAUGGAAGCGAAUAAAGUUUUACUGAUUUUUGAGACACUA